AUGCCGUUUGAACACUUGGCCAUCACCUCGGUGCACAGUAUGCCCUGCAUUCAGUGCCGUCCACUCGAGGUGCCCCCCCUGAAGAUGGGUGGAUUGGCCAACAGGGGAGAGGCGCAACCGCGUUUGCUUCCUUGCUCCGGCAGCUGUGUGUUGGGGUUCAGGGAUUCGUGCCAAAAUGAAUUGGACGGCCUCAACAAGAAAGGACAAAAAGCACACGGCAGAAAAAUGCGGCACCGGAGCGGAAUCUGCCCAAGCUACCUUGGAACCCGUCGGAACCUAACCCAUCAUGGGGGCGCCCCAUUGGGCAGUCACCCCUGCGCGGAUGGGGCGACUGUGCACGCCAACCUGAGGGACCAAGGCCCCCGCCGGUGCCCGCGACCCUGCUGUGGCCGCGCACCUGGCCGCGCCAUGCGCAUGGCGCACGCCCCCCGCCAGUGGAGCCGAUCGCCGGCUGCCCUGGCUGCCGCCGCGGCGCUGCUGCUGGUCUUGACCUACAUGGCGGCCACCCGCAGCGGCAAGGACACCUCCAGACGGCCCCCGGCGGUCCCAUCCACCACGCUUGACGAAGAUCGCGUCAGAAAAUCAUGCACGCCGGAUGGGGGGCGGGGGGGGGCCGGGAUGCGGGUCGUGAUCACCGGCUCCGCGGGAUUCAUUGGCUACCACGUGGCCGGCGCCCUGAAGGGACGCGGCGACGGGGUGGUGGGGAUCGACAACUUCAACGAUUACUACCCCGUGUCGCUCAAGGCGGCGCGGGCGCAGGGGCUGGAAAAAGCGGGCGUGUACACCGUGCGCGGGGACGUGAGGGACGUCGAGAUGAUGAGCAGGCUGAUCGAGCUCUGCCGUGCCACGCACGUCGUGCACAUGGCCGCCCAGGCGGGGGUCAGGUACGCGGCUUCGCAGCCGAUGCAGUACGUGGAUUACAACGUGGCGGGCAGCGUGGGGCUGUUCGAGGCCGUGAAGGCCGCCGAACGGCCGCCGGCGGUGGUGUACGCCUCAUCGAGCAGCGUGUACGGGCGGAACGUCAAGGUGCCCUUUAGCGAAGGGGACGCCGUGGUGCACCCGGCCAGCCUGUACGCCGCCACCAAGCUGGCGGUGGAGCUGCUGGCGGAGGUGUACCACAGCCUGAACGCGCUGUCGGUCACGGGGCUGCGGUUCUUCACAGUGUACGGACCGUGGGGCCGGCCGGACAUGGCGUACAUGUCCUUCGCGAGGGCGAUGGUGGAGGGGGACCCCGUGCGCAUCUUCCAGGCGAAUGGAGCAGAGCUGGCACGGGACUUCACCUACGUCGGGGACAUCGUGGCAGGCGUGUUGGGCGCUCUGGACACAGCCCCUCCCAGCACGAGGGAACUUGCUGAGAACCGCCUGUUCAAUCUGGGCAACACUCGCCCCGUGACGGUCACAGAGUUUGUGACGGAGCUGGAGGCGGCUCUGGGGCUGGAGGCGCAGCGGAAGUUUGUCCCCGUUCCCAACCUUGGGGACGUCUUGCUGACCCAUGCAAAUGUGAGCGCUGCUGGGAGCGCCUUUGGCUACUCCCCGCAGACCCCGCUCAGCGAGGGCCUCCGGUACUUCGCAAGGUGGUACUUUGAAUACUACGGGGCGGACGGGCACACGAUGGCGGACGACGAGAGGAACUAUAAACCAGUGUAG